UAAAUCCUUUUUUAUUUUCAUUCAUUUCUAAACAAUAAUUUGCGAUUCAGAGUUUGCUUCGUUUUAUUCAGUAAAACGUUAAUUAAAUUACCAAAUUUGUCUUUGUAUUGCGGACCGCUUUGACCCAGAUCACUUACAGUUUGCCGUUUCCAAUUUCCUGAAUAAAAAAAAACUAUUUUCACAGUUUAUGUGAGGUAGUUUUGUAAAACGUGAAAAUGAAAGUAAAUGAAAAGAAUCUUUGCGCUUUCGCGUCUUCAGCGACUCCGGUGGACCGCGAGGGAUACUUGGACAUGCGCGGCGACGUCGGCAAGAGCUACCAGAAGCGUUGGUUCAUGCUCAAAGGCAACUUACUAUUCUAUUUCGACAAGAAAGGAGACAAGGAGCCUGUGGGAGUCGUUAUCUUAGAAGGAUGCACUAUCGAGUUGACAGAGGAAGAGGAUGCAUACAGCUUCAAGAUAGUGUUCCACUGCGAAGGAGGUCGCACAUACUACCUGUGCACAAACUCGCAAGCAUCCAUGGAGGCAUGGAUGAAAGCCCUUGCAUGUGCCAGCUAUGAUUACAUGAAGCUUAUGGUGGCAGAUCUGCAGCGGCAGCUCGAGGAAGCUGAAGCUGAAGAAGCAGCGGAGGCGGCGUCAGCGCUGGCGGCGCCGGCGGAGCCCCUGGGGGUGCGCGCGCCGCCGCGGGGGCAGCGCCACAACCCCUUCAACAAGCUGAAUGAGGGGGAUGCCAAGACUGUGCCGGGGAGUCGACAUCAUAAAGAGAACCACAGACCAGAGAGCAUGGCCCGCAAGAAGGUGUCAUUCCGAGAGAUCCACUCGGCCUUCGGUCGGCGAGUGCUGGCGGACCGCAACGAGACUCGAGCCAAGAUCAACAAGCUACGGCAAGAGGAAGCCAAGCGCGCGCAGCCGCUCAUACAGCUGUGAUUGGCUGAUGCAGCGGUGAAGAGAAGCUGUGAUUGGCUGGCUCAGCGACGGCGU